GACCUUGGCCAAGCAUCCCUACCUCAUCCCUACCCCACCCCACCCCUACCCCAUCCCUACCCCUCAUGGUGGCUGAAACAAUUAGGCACCUAUACAAAUAAAGAAAAUACGUUGCUUGCAAUUCUACACAAUGCAAGACAUUGAAUUUGGAAUAAAAGUCGUUUAAAACGGAUCUCUACUAAGCAGCCAUCUCUUUAUCAGCCUCUGCGACUGUUGCCAGGAGCUGGAGAUAGACCGGCGACGUCCAAUCAUCUGCACAGCCAUCUCCUCUUUUCCUAGUUUGAGAAGGCUGGAAUUACAUGACAUCAUUUAAAGAGCGCCCCCGUACCACCAACGAGGAAAAAAAGAAAACUUGAAUCGUCAAUCCUCCAUCUUCCUACGAGCUGGAAGAGAAAACACCUGAGCGCCGUUUGCCAUUUGGACGCUUUCCCUUCCCUGGUCGAUAUCGCGCAGCCUGUACCAUUUUUGGAUUGGCGGCGGUGGUAUCCCCGAUAGUAUCGGAUUCGGGGAGGGGCGUUCUCUCCGCACGGGGAAUGGCGGCGCAGGAGGCUGCUGUGCUGUGGAUUCAGUGUGGGAGAGAGAUGGGGCUUAGCACAAUAAGAUAGAUCCCAGUGCUCUCUGUUUUCCACUCUCUCUCUCUCUGUUGUCGUUCUAAAUCUCUGCUGCCCCUGGUCAUGGAUCCAGAGAAAACGUUGACGUUCUGCCUUGGACUCAAAGCAGAAGCGAUGACCAUCUCCCUGCAGGGGCUGGAAGGACCAGCAGCUAAGACGACUGUGUCUCCAAAGGGUUCAGACAUGGGAACCAUCAACAAGGGGGUGAAGGACCAAGCUGGCUCAGGCAGCCAGCCCAUGCUCAGUCAUAAGUACUGUCCUGGGGUCAACAACAACCCAGGCUACCUGUGUGAGACGGGCCACUGCUGUGGGGAGACAGGAUGCUGCACCUACUACUACGAGCUGUGGUGGUUCUGGCUACUGUGGACCAUUGUGAUUCUGUUCAGCUGUUGCUGUGCCUACCGCCACCGGCGGGCCAAGCUGCGUAUCCAGCAGCAGCAGAGACAGAGGGAGAUCAACCUGAUCGCCUACCACGGAGCCUGCAACUACCCUGCGUCCAUGUUGGACCUCAGUUUCCUGGCCUCCUUCAAGCUGCCGUCCUAUGAGGAGGUGGCAGCCCAGCCCCCCUCACCCCCUCCAUCCUACAGCUCCGUCUUUGCUCUGCAGGGGGCGAUGGGGGGCGCCACCGCUUACACAGCCACCCCUUACGGUUCAGCCUACCCCCAUCACCACCAGCAACAACCCCCCGGCCCUCCCUCCUACUUGGUUAGCUCCAGGGCGGGCCCCAGCGGUGCCGGUGGUGGCCUGACCUCAUCUCAGAGUUCAGACAACUACACCAGCUGCUCCUGCGAGUCCUGCUCCCUCCUCACCUCCCCAUCCAGCACCUCCUUCUCUGUCCAGGUGACCUACGAGACGGAUAAUACCAGUCAUGCCUCCACACCCGGUAGUGAGGUUGGAGGAGGAGGGGGGGAGGUCCUGAGAGGCUUCCCCAGGGAGGGUUCAUCUCUAGAGGGCGUUGUGUCUGCCAGGUCCCCUUUGUCUCCUGGAGGAUAUCCACCUCCUCCUCUGCCCCCUCCUCCACCUGAACUUCUACCUACACCUUCUCCCACAGCGUCUUCUCCUCUCCCUCCCACUCUCCCCCUUCCCAAACUAUCUUCUCCCUCUCCACUUCCUCCUUCACAUCAUCCGCCACUCCCUCCACUCAUCCUUAUGGACCCCCUGGCUGUGCUGGCUGAGCAGAGAGGGGUGGAGGGCGGCCUGAGUGAAGGGGGGAUCACAGCGAGACAGAGCCCUUCCAUCCUCUCUCCCCCCAAGCCCACCCAGUCUCCCCCCAAACACGCCCUCUUCUCCACCAACGUGGACUUCUUCGAGCCCGUGGACUUCUUCGAGCCCGUGGAGAAAGAGAGGAGAGAGGAAGAGGAGGAGGAGGAAGAGGAGGAUGAGGAUCAUUUCCGUCACCGCCGGCUCACAGGCGACUCCGGCAUCGAAGUGUGCCGCUGCCAAGUGAAGAGCGAGGAAGAGGGUGUGGAGAAGAAGGUGGAAGAAGAUCAAGAUGGAGGAAGGGAUGGAGAGGAGGGGGCGGGUUUCCUCCAUGACAGUGUGGACUGUUCCCUUCGAGCGCAGCAGGUCGCCCAGUGUGGCCACGCCUCCUCGGCCAUCCCCAGGGGCGGGGACGCCAUCAUCACCGUGGAGUCGUCAUGAGGACAGCCAAUGAGGGCCAACUACUUCGGUCAGGUGACCAAAACUCACUUGACUGACAACAAAUGGAGCCAAUGGCGCUUAAAAGUGUUUACUUUGACCCAGUAGCACCCCCUACUGUUCAAGCCAGAAAGGAAGCCAAAGCCCACAUCAACUAGUAUGGGCCUGCUUGUGUUAACGGCUUACUGUAGUAAUGUCAAGUCACCAUAGUAACACAGAGGAAGAGGGUCAUCACAGCCUUCUAAUUGAAAGGAGGAAGGAAGUCGUUACAGAGGGAGUCGGACUGUUUAUCUGUGUUGAUCUUUCUGUCAUUAUCAUUCUGUCCCGCAGCGCUGCCACCGGGAACAAAGACACCUUUUAUUAGUUCUCAAAGUGCAGAAACCAAUGCGGCAGUGAAACUGCUAAUGAUACUCUGUCUCUCUUUCUCUUUCUCUCUCUCUCUCUAUCUGUCUCUCGCUCCCUCUCUCUCUCUGUCUCUCUCACCAUCUCUCUCUCUCUUUCUCUCUCGUCACCGGAAGAGGAGCAACAGCUGCAUGAGACAGUAUAAAGUCAGCACAAUGUUCACACAGUCUCCCUCGCACACGCACACGCACACGCACACGCACAGGCACAGGCACAGGCACAGGCACACGCACACGCACACGCACACGCACACGCACACGCACACACACACACACACACACACACACACAACAACCCACCUGCUGUGUCUGAAGCUCUGCUGCACCUGCCCUUUUGCUUUGCAAAAAUACCUCCCACUUUUUUCCUCUCCCCAUUCUCCCAUCAGAGUACUGUUUGCUUCUCUUCUCCUCCUCUCUUCCUCUCCAAUCCCUCUCUCUCAGAGCAGCCUGCCUUUGACGAGGGCCAGUAGUUGAUGUUGCUGUUGGAUGUACAGUCAUUGACAAGGUGAGACUGGGUCUAGUCUAGUAACAGGCUGGUACAGACUGACCUCACUGUCUGACACCCACAUUGAUCUGUUGUUGCGCUGCUGCUCGGACGAUCGGCAAUCCGCAAGGCAAUAAUGAUAUGAACAAUGGUUAUGAUGAUGGACAAGAGCUAUUGAGAUCACUCCAGGACUGUCUGACUGUCUGUUGGAAUCGGAGGUGUCAGUGACAACAAUAUGAACACUGAGAAAGAGGUGGUGGGCACAGUUACAACACGCCAAGACUUUGCUUUGGUUUUCUGAUACGUAUCCUAGUGCUGUUUCACUGUCGGCUACUAGUACACAUCCAGACGUUGUCCUAUUCUGACAUUUUAAAAGAGGAAUUGUGGUGUGUUUUUCUCCCAAGGUUUACAACUAUGUACCAUGUGGACUGAUCUUAGUGGGCUCUCUACCCGAUCCACACCCUCCUCUCUCUGUCCUCUUGCCAUGGAGUUUCCUUAUCUGCUCAAUUGCUCAUUCAACAGCCUAACUCUAACUUUAAACCUUCUCCUAUGAUACUGAAUGUAAUCAUUUGCAUAUUAGCAACACCAAGCAAAUGAAGAGCUAACUGAACGAAGGACUGUUAAUAUCAGAAGUUGCAGCUUUGCACUUGGGUUUCGUCAUCUGAAUGGAAGUGGCCAGUUUGUCGUGAUCUAGACUGUUGUAUCCUAAAUAGUGCCCUCUCCCAUAUUGUCCUAGACCUAGAGUGAAUGGAGGAGUUGUUUUGUGAGCUUUUCAAACUGGAACCGCGACAGGGCUUUCUCUCGUGUGCUUUGCUGUUGUGUGUUUAGGUUCAUUUGCUUUUGAAAGUUAUUGGCUGCUCUGCCAACAGAUAUACACCACAUGUAUUUGCUAAGUGUCAGCACCAUCUUUCAACCAGCUUCUUGCAGUUUGAAUAAUCACAAAUCAUUUAUUUUUGAAUUGAACAGAACCAUUUGACCAUAAUCGCCUAAGGAUCGGUACAGAUUGAGUGCUCACUAGUCAAUUACAGAAUGACUCAAUUUAAACAGCGAUCAAAAUAUACUGCCGAAUGUUAUUGUGCUGAACAGGCGUAGUGUGAAAAUGAGAAAAUCACAGCUUUCAUUUCAUGUUGUUGUUAUUGUCACAUAUAUAGUUAUCUGAAGGCUACAUUUAGUUUCUCGGGUAACAAGCAGUGGCUUCAUACUGUAGGAAUGGUUGCCAUGGAUUUCCCAUGUACUGAGUCUUGUUUGAGACCCAAGCCUGACUUCAAAGCUAUUGACCUCUAGAUUGGCUCAAAGCUACAGUAGAUUUUAAUACUGUAACCAGUUGGACUAUUCUCUGCGACUAGCAUCAAGGUGGUGAUGGAUAUCUUGUCAUCUGGGCUGGAGAGAAAUAGCAUGUUAACUCUUAGUGUGACUACAACCACAGACAGGACAUGAUCCUUGCAUUUCAUUUUCUACAUCUCUCUUUCACCACUAUGUGUGCAUGUGUGUGUGUCUAUGUGUGUGUGCAUGUGUGUGUGUUUGUGUAAAGCUCUUAUUCGUCAGCUUAUGUAUAAUUACAGUUAUUGCUGAUGAGUCACUCGCUCCCACUGGCUCAUUCACCUGGGUGAACAUUUCUGGGAAAAUGUAUUUUUUUGACCAGAUUUCCAUGUUCAGACAUCCUGUGUGGUUAAAGAAAACAUUGUGUACGUGUGAACGGUGGGACUCAGAGACUGUCACAAAGCAUGAUGUCAUGUCAUCACGUCAGUCAGUGCAGCCGCAUAGCUGAGCGUGGGGAGGGAGGGAGAGAGGGAGAGAGAGGGUGAGAGAGAGAGACGGGGGAGGGAGAGAGAUGGGGAGAGAGAGAACGAGAGAGAGAGAGAGAGGGGUGGUAAGAGAGGGAGGGAGAGGGGGGAGAGCGAGAGAGAGAAAGAGAGAGAGAGAGGGAGAGAUGGGGGAGGGAGAGAGAUGGGGAAAGAGAGAGAGGGAGAGGGGGGAGAGAGCGACAGAAAGAGAGAGAGAGAGGGGGAGAGAGAAAGAUAGAGAGUUGAGAGAUAAACAUAACAUGAACAGCCAGUGGGCUCAAUGCUCAUCUGUGUCUUGCUGACGGAGAGGCUGUUUUUCAUGACUAAGUAUUUGGGUUCUCCUCUGUCAUGUAGUACUGUCCUAUGUGUGGUGGUCUUCUAGUCAUAUACAGGAACCCAUGUUCAGCGGUACUAUUUCAGCAGUCUCUUUUUAAAGAUACUCACAGUACAACUAUGAAAUGCGAGACGUGCAAAAAAAAAGGUACAUGUUUAGCAAUAGAAUGGCAUUAACUGUUAUCCCUUCCGCUGAUCAUUGUAGGUUGAAAACGUGUUGUAAUCAAGUUGUAAACAUGUUAUGUGUUGAAAACUUGUUGUAAUGACAACAUUUACCUGUCGAUCAAUGACUUGUGAAACUGCAUUUUAAUAAGAACCAUGUCUGUUUCAAAGUUACCCUUUAAGUACAGGUCUCAGACCAGCUGACUCGACCCCCACUCCUAAUCUUAACCAUUGGGACAUGAGAAGCAAAGCUGACCUCAGAGCAGCUCUUUUUGUGACUAUGUCUAUUUCUUUUGCCUUGUCAGCUGCCAGUUGUUUCCUAUGAACAGUAUGCUUCUUCUAGCCUGGUCCCCAAUCUGUUUGUGCUGUCUUCUCAGAUCUGGAACCAGGCUAUGCCCACCCCCCCCAGUCCCUUUGUUGAUAGGCCAAGGCAAAAUGUCAGACUGUUACCUCGCCGAGUUAUUGACUGCGAUUGGAUGUUGACCCUUUUUUUCUGAUACUAUAUAGCCUCCUCUAUAUUUGUACUACUAGCUACUACCUUUAUUUUGUAUACCCAGCGAAUUUAAUUAUAAGCAUUGGUACAGUAGUGCCAAGUUAAUUUUGUCGAAAGCUGGGUCAUAUUCACUAGGGGGGGGGGGGGGGCGACAAGUGUUUCUUAUUGGCCAAAAUAAGGAAGUCCUUCUCUGUUUCAGUCCAUUUUUUUACCGCUUGGUACAUAAUGAAUAUUACACUGUUGGGCCAGAAUGUCCGAAGACUGUUGGUUUUGCUCCCAGCAGGGAAGAAUGUCUCACGUUUCACCGAUGUCCUAAUAUGGAUGAUGCACUAUCCUGCCAUUGACUGAUAGCAGGCUUUAGCAACUACAGUUGAAGUCGGAAGUUUACAUACACUUAGGUAGGAGUCAUUAAAACUCGUUUUUCAACCACUCCACAAAUUUCUUGUUAACAAACUAUAGUUUUGGCAAGUUGGUUAGGACAUCUACUGUGUUCAUGACACAAGUAAUUUUUCCAACAAUUGUUUACAGACAGAUUAUUUCACUUAUAAUUCACUGUAUCACAAUUCCAGUUGGUCAGAAGUUUACAUACACUAAGUUGACUGUGCCUUUUAACAGUUUGGAAAAUUCCAGAAAAUUAUGUCAUGGCUUUAGAAGCUUCUGAUAGGCUAAUUGACAUCAUUUGAGUCAAUUGGAGGUGUACCUGUGGAUGUAUUUCAAGGCCUACCUUCAAAUUGAGUGCCUCUUUUCCUGGCCACAUGGGAAAAUCAAAAGAAAUCAGCCAAGACCUCAGGAAAAAAUGUAGACCUCCGCAAGUCUGGUUCAUCCUUGGGAGCAAUUUCCAAACACCUGAAGGUACCACGUUCAUCUGUAUAAACAAUAGUACGCAAGUAUAAACACCAUGGGACCACGGAGCCGUCAUAUCGCUCAGGAAGGAGACGCGUUCUGUGUCCUAGAGAUGAACGUACUUUGGUGUGAAAAGUGCAAAUCAAUCCCAGAACAACAGCAAAGGACCUUGUGAAGAUCCUGGAGGAAACAGGUACAAAAGUAUCUAUAUCCACAGUAAAACGAGUCCUAUAUCGACAUAACUUGAAAGGCCGCUCAGCAAGGAAGAAGCCACGGCUCCAAACCGCCAGAAAAAAGCCAGACUACGGUUUGCAACUGCACAUGGGGACAAAGAUUGUACUUUUUGGAGAAAUGUCCUCUGGUCUGAAUAAACAAAAAUAGAACUGUUUGGCCAUAAUGACCAUCGUUAUGUUUGGAGGAAAAAUGGAAAGGCCUGCAAGCCGAAGAACACCAUCCCAACCGUGAAGCACGGGGGUGGCAGCAUCAUGUCGUGGGGGUGCUUUGCUGCAGGAGGGACUGGUGCACUUCACAGAAUAGAUGGCAUAAAAUUAUAUUGAAGCAACAUCUCAACACAUCAGUCAGGAAGUUAAAGCUUGGGUCUUCCAAAUGGACAAUGACCCCAAGCAUACUUCCAAAGUUGUGGCAAAAUGGCUUAAGGACAACAAAGUCAAGCUAUUGGAGUGGCCAUCACAAAGCCCUGACUUCAAUCCUAUAGAAAAUUUGUGGGCAGAACUGAAAAAGUGUGUGCGAGUAAGGAGGCCUACAAACCUGACUCAGUUACACCAGCUCUGUCAGGAGGAAUGGGACAAAAUUCACCUAACUUAUUGUGGGAGGCUUGUGGAAGGCUACCCGAAACAUUUGACCCAAGUUAAACAAUUUAAAGAGAAUGCUACCAAAUACUAAUUGAGUGUAUGUAAACUUCUGACCCACUAGGAAAGUGAUGAACGAAAUACAAGCUGAAAUAAAUCAUUCUCUCUACUAUUAUUCUGACAUUUCACAUUAAAAUAAAGUGGUAAUCCUAACUCUUUUAAGACAGGGAAUUCUUACUAGGAUUAAAUGUCCGGAAUUGUGAAAAACCGAGUUUAAAUGUAUUUGGCUAAGGUGUAUGUAAACUUCCGACUUCAACUGUACAGUCAUGGCCAAAAGUUUUGAGAAUGUCACAAAUAUUAAUUUUCACAAAGUCUGCUGCCUCAGUUUGUAUGAUGGCAAUUUGCAUAUACUCCAGAAUGUUAUGAAGAGUGAUCAGAUGAAUUGUCGCAAAGUCCCUCUUUGCCAUGCAAAUGAACUGAAUCCCCCAAAUCAUUUCCACUGCAUUUCAGCCCUGCCACAAAACGACCAGCUGACAUCAUGUCAGUGAUUCUCUCGUUAACAUAUGUGUGAGUGUUGACGAGGACAAGGCUGGAGAUCACUCUGUCAUACUGAUUGAGUUCGAAUAACAGACUGAACGCUUCAAAAGGAGGGUGGUGCUUGGAAUCAUUGUUCUUCCUCUGUCAACCAUGGUUACCUGCAAGGAAACACAUGCCGUCAUCAUUGCUUUGCACAAAAAAGGCUUCACAGGCAAGGAUAUUGCUGCCAGUAAGAUUGCACCUAAAUCAACCAUUUAUCGGAUCAUCAAGAACUUCAAGGAGAGCGGUUCAAUUGUUGUGAAGAAGGCUUCAAGGUGCCCAAGAAAGUCCAGCAAGCGCCAGGACCGUCUCCUAAAGUUGUUUCAGCUGCGGGAUCGGGGCACCACCAGUACAGAGCUUGCUCAGGAAUGGCAGCAGGCAGGUGUGAGUGCAUCUGCACACACUGUGAGGCGAAUACUUUUGGAGGAUGGCCUGGUGUCAUGAAGGGCAGCAAAGAAGCCACUUCUCUCCAGGAAAAACAUCAGGGACAGACUGAUAUUCUGCAAAAUGGCAUUCUGCAAAAGGCAUUGGACUGCUGAGGACUGGGGUAAAGUCAUUUUCUCGGAUGAAUCCCCUUUCCGAUUGUUUGGGGCAUCCGGAGAAAAGCUUGUCCGGAGAAGACAAGGUGAGCGCAACCAUCAGUCUUGUGUCAUGCCAACAGUAAAGGAUCCUGAGUCCAUUCAUGUGUGGGGUUGCUUCUUAGCCAAGGGAGUGGGCUCACUCACAAUUUUGCCUAAGAACACAGCCAUGAAUAAAGAAUGGUACCAACACAUCCUCCUAGAGCAACUUCUCCCAACCAUCCAGGAACAGUUUGGUGACGAACAAUGCCUUUCCAGCAUGAUGGAGCACCUUGCCAUAAGGCAAAAGUGAUAACUAAGUGGCUCGGGGAACAAAACAUCAAUAUUUCGGGUCCAUGGCCAGGAAACUCCCCAGACCUUAAUCCCAUUGAGAACUUGUGGUCAAUCCUCAAGAGGCGGGUGGACAAACAAAACCCCACAAAUUCUGAUAGGGUGGAUUGCAGAGGUCUUGAAAAAGAAGGGUCAACACUGCAAAUAUUGACUCUUUGCAUCAACUUAAUGUAAUUGUCAAUAAAAGCCUUUGACACUUAUGAAAUGCUUGUAAUUAUACUUCAGUAUUCCAUAGUAACAUCUGACAAAAAUAUCUGAAGACACUGACACAGCAAACUUUGUGGAAAUUAAUAUUUGUGUCAUUCUCAAAACUUUUGGCCACGACUGUAUGUGAUAUACACUGAGGGUACAAAACAUUAAGAACACCUUCCUAAUAUUGAGUCCCCUCCUAUGUUGACUCCAAUGCUUCCCACAGUUGUGUCAAGUUGGCUGGAUGUCCUUUGGGUGGUGAACCAUUCUUAAUACACGCAGGAAACUGUUGAACGUGAAAAACCCAACGGCGUUGUGCCUGGCACCUACUACCAGACCUUGUUCAAAGGUACUUCAAUCUUUUGUCUUGCCCAUUCAAUCUCUAAAUGGUAUACAUACACAGUCCAUGUCUCAAUUGGCUCACCUGAAUUCACCUGGUCAGUCUUUGUCAUGGAAAGAGCAGGUGUUCAUAAUGUUUUGUACACUCGGUGUUCAUGUAGGUAUAGCAACUAUGUGAUAUACAUGUAGCUAUAGCAAAUAUGUGACUGUUAGUUAUUUAUAAUGAACAAUGUGUAUUCCUUGAGGGUAUGCUACUGUACAAGUAAUUGCAAUUCUGUCUCUUCUGUCUAUCAUGCAUGUUUGAUUCUGAGAGAGAAGGUUGACAGCACUGUCACCAGUGUAACUGUAUGUAUCAUCAUUGCAGCUAUUGAUUAUUAUUAACAUAUUAAUGAUGAAGGCAUUGAUUAUAAUAAACAUAUUCAUGAUAAAGCUAUUGAUUAUAAUAAGCUUCCUAAAGCUUAACAUUUAUUGAUGGUGAUAUUUGUUAAUUUGAUGCUAUUGUCCGUUGACCAGUCUCAGCCCUUUUUUCAGAAACGUGUCAUUAUGAAUAUCUCAUUGGUUCAUUCUGUAUUCCCUGUGCAUAGCAGACUAAUGACAUGGUGAUUUCUAAUCCAUCUCUCGGUGUAACACAUGCUAGAACUGUACUAUGUACUGAUAUUGUUGACUUGUUUCUUUCCUGUCUCAACCAGUGCUUUUUCAGAUGCUUCAUUGCGUAUUAGGUUGAAUAUCCAUGCAUUCUUCAUGUCACUCUGUCACCUACAGGUCCUGGUUUUUACCAUAUUGGACUUGGUCGUCCACAAUGCUUAUUAUGAAACAAACUGUGGAUUUUAGGUAGAAAUAAAUGUUGCAAAGUCCUGCACAAACACUA